AGGAGCUGUGGAGGGCUGCAUCGGUUGAGCUGCUGGCAGUGAAACAACAACAAAAAAGGGCACACAUUUCACCGUGGGAGGGGGGGCCGGAGAGUAGGGAGGACACUGCCGAGGUUUUAAUCUCUCAACCGGAGGACAAAUUCAUUUUAUUUGUGGUCCUCGAAAACGAGAGAGAAAGAGAGACGGAAGCCGAGCGGGGAGCCACGAAAACAAGUCGGACAUGAACGGGCAAAUCGUAUGCAACAGCCACUCAGUCACUGUCUUCAGCUGCACCAAGUCCAGAUCACUGGUUCAUGAUGAUAUCAAGCUGACACAGGAGGGGAGGGGCUCUCCAGUCUGCUUCCAGCAAAAUGACGCCCAGAGGCAGGCAGAGGGCAGGAGAACAAACGGCAUCAGCUCGACACCAAAAGACUCUGAGACGGAUUUCCCCGAGAUGGAGAGCAGCUCCAGCCAGUGUUCACCCUGCUGGUCGCCUCCGCAGCUCCACUGUGCUCAGACCUGCCUUCGUUCCCCCGCCGGACUCCCCCUGCCGCUGGGUAACAGCUUAGCUCACGCUCCCCUCCACGUUGCCAACAACAACAACAACAAAAACAGCAGCAGCAUCGUCGCUCUCCACGGCCUCCAGCGCAGAGGCGUCCGCCUCAAAGUCAAAGGAAAGAAGUCCACACUAAGAAUUGCAGGCGGGAAAAACUCCCAAAACCGAAAAGUUACCGACUACUAUCCAAUAAGACGAAGCUCAAGAAAGAGUAAAACAGAACUUAAGUGUGAAGAAAAGAAGCUCACAGAUGAACUCAUCACAAAGGGAAUAGAAGAAGGAAUGGAGGUGCAGCAUAUAGAAGGAAAGGGGAGAGCGGUGUUUGCCACGCGGUGUUUCCAGAAGGGCGAGUACGUGGUGGAGUACCACGGAGACCUGCUGCAGAUCACCGACGCCAAGACGAGGGAGGCCGAGUACGCUCAGAACCCUGCCACAGGCUGCUACAUGUACUACUUCCAGUACCUCAGCAAAACAUACUGUGUGGACGCCACGGGAGAGACCAAUCGGAUGGGCCGGCUGAUAAAUCACAGUAAAACCGGAAACUGCCAAACCAAACUCCACGACAUCGGCGGGGUGCCUCACCUCAUCCUCGUGGCCUCUCGCGACAUCGACGAGGGCGAGGAGCUGCUCUACGACUACGGAGACCGCAGUAAGGCCUCCAUCGCAGCGCACCCGUGGCUCAAACACUGAUCCUCCUCGACAAACAAACAAAAUAUAAAAAAGAAAAAGGGAAACUCACAGCAACACUUGUGUUUCUCGUUAGCUAGUGUACAAAAUGCCUUAGAAACAGAAUGUGGACCCUUUUUGUUCCAAUAUUGAGGUGGGAUGGGGGGGUUACGUGUUGACGGGGUACGUAUCACAGUUCGAUUAAUGUCCGUCUGCUUUGUCAGAUGACCUCUGUACUUUUUAUUUAUGUGUAUAUGAAACAUUCUGGUUGUUUUGCAGCACAUUUCUUUUGUACAUUUUGUAUUACCUAUAGACCAGUGCUUCUACAGCAUGCAGGUGGUAGUUAAUGCUCUGCAUUUUUAUACUGCGUUUUUCUUAAUUAGUCGUUAGAUACUUAGCAAUACUUACAAGGCCCCAGAGACCUUUUCUUUUGUUUGUUUUUUGGGAUCAGCAAAGAACUAUGAGAUGCAAAUUAUGAAUAUAUUCUGUUGUGAUUUCAGCAGUCGAAACUCAACACAGUCUACCAUUGUUUAGUGGAAGCGUAAAAGUUUACCAAACGCAUGGUUCAGUGGGUGUUGAAAACAAGUAUUCAUGUUGAACAACAUGAAUCAACAUACAGACUAAGGAUGACAUAGGAAUUAGUCAAAUUACACUCCUUUUUUCAUGCUUUUUUUUUUUUUUUUAAACCUAUAUUGUAUUUUUUUAUAUUUAAGACACGAGUAUAUUCUGUUAUUCCUGAUAAAAUAAAAGUGUAUGAACGGUUAUUAGGUAAAUAUCUACUAAUAUAAAUAGAAUUAAAGUUUCUCCAUAUUUCGACUGGCUUUCGUGAUUAACUAGUUGGCGCUCUCAGCUGUCAAAUCUCCUUUUUAUUUCACUUUAAACUCACUAUGCUGUCUAUAUUACUGCACUGUGUAAAUAUAUUUAUUAUGGUUUGGUGUGGCAAGUCAACGGGUGGUUUAAAGGAAUAGUUUGACAUGUCUUUAAAUAUGAAAGUAUGAAGCCUCCGUUUGAGCCAACACAAAACCACAUCCACAAGAUGCUACAUUUAACGUAAAACGUCUCCGGUUCUAUGAACAGAUUUAAACUUUUACAAGGCUUUUAUCUCAGAACUAAGACCAAAUAAUAACACAGUUCCAGCCUUGUAAUGAACUGAAGUGUGAAUAGUUUCCUCGGUCUUGUUAUUGCGUCUUCAAACCCACCAAACUCAGCUUCAUAACUCAGCUUCGUUAGCAUAGCCUAGCAUAGCUUGUAGCCUAGCAUAGCUAGAAAUAAUCAUGAGCCGCCUUAAACGCUUCCUAAUAAAAUAUAAAGUAGCUCAGUCGUGUUUAAAACAGCUCAGUCUCGCAUAACUAGCAGAUUUUGUUCUCUUUGGGCAGGCUAGCUGUUUCCCCCCAUUUCCAGUCUUUAUGCUAAGCUAAGCUAACUGUCUGCUGGCGGUGUCUCCACAGCUAACAUACGGACGUGAGCGGUAUCUAACUCUCAGCAAGAAAGUGAAUAAGUCUGUUUACAAAAAUGUCAAACUCUUCCUUUAACAAACAAACUUAAACACAAUAGGUCAAAGCGUCUGCUGGGAAUUUCUCACAUAUGUGAUGUUUUUAUUUGCACCAGCUUCAGGUGAACCGUGUCUUUGGUGAACUGUUACACUCCCACUGCGUUUAUCUUUGCAGGUUUUCUACAAGUCUGUUCUUCCCCCUCACAAAAUAUUAUUCAUAUUGUUCCAUGUGAAAGUAUUUUAACAGCUGAACUGCCAACAGGUCAUUUUUUUAAAUUUAAUAUUUUAGUAAGUUUGUUUUUUCUAUGAAUUGUAGCCAGAAAAAAUAUGCCCCAAAAUUGUCACAUUUAUCUUGAUUUGUGUUUUAUUUAUCCUCAUCUACAAAUACAUUGUGAGACUAAUUAUUUUUGUUCUUAUUGUAGCUAAUUGGUAAUAAGUACGUAAAGUAUUUUUCAAAGGAAAUUUCCAAUUCUGCGCAUUAUGAUUUACGCACCACAAGAAUCAAAUUUAUAGUAUUUUAGCUUGAAUUAUUGCUCUACUUUGGUACCAAUUGCAAAUUAGUGUGUAUAAAUAAAAAAAAAAAUUGGCCACUUGUAGUGCAGUUUACAGUUGAAUCACCUGGAAGUGUUUAAAUCAGAAUAAUACAUUUAUUUUUGUUACUGUCAACAAAUCUCAUGAAUCCCAAACCAACAUGUGUUCGUCUCCCUAGAGAUAUCAGACUUUGAUAAACAUGCACAAUACUAACAGGAGAUACAUUCACUGCUGGUUUAGUUUUUCAUGGGAUUUAUUAACUGUGAACUAAAUAUUAGGAACAUCUGUUUAUGUAAAUAUAGUAACAGGACAUAAUACAAUUUAAAAUAUAUUAAACAUUCAUUGUUUGACGUCAGUGGUUCGGUACAAUAAUUUGGCUCUAGUCUUUCAUGAAUGAAGUAUAAAUUUAAAAAUAUAUAUCUUACCAGCGUCAGUCUAGCAUUAUAACACAUUUAUAUGUAUUUAGUUGUGCAGCACUUUCUCCUCUUAUAGUUGCGGUUUGUAUUAAUGAUAGCAUUAUCUUAAAUUAUAAUAGUUCUUUAAAUUACUAAUCUUUAGUUUGGUAGGACGUUUUGGGAAUUAUGUGCCGAGAUGAGAAGAUCAAGAUCGUUUAAAUUCAACAGCAGUUACAAGAAUGUUAGCUUAGCUUAGCAUAAAGACUGAACACAGGGGGAAACAGCUAGCCUGGCUCUGGUAAUAUAAGUCACCACCUCUGAUGCUCACUAAUUAAUCAACAUGUAAUAUUUUGUGUUAAUUACUUUAAGGAUGUUUAUUUUUACUCUGGCCAAAGCUAAAUGCUAGCUAUCUUUAUGCUAAGCUAAGCUAAUUACCUCCUGUAGCUGUAGCUUCAAAUUCAUCCGACAGACGUGAGAGGUAUCGAUCUUCUCGUCUCACUCUCAGCAAGAAAGAGAAAAGGUGUAUUUCCCAAAAUGUCAAACUAUUUGUCAUUUGAAUUAUUUUAGAUUUUACUUAAUAAUAAAAAAAGGAUUUUUCAGACGUCAUUCAUCAUCUCUGUAGCGGUUUAGGUUGUACAGAUUCUCCAUGAAAGUGUUCAAAACUUAUGAAAAGGACUUCUUAAAAGUUUCCAAAAUAUUUACAUUAUUGACUUUCAGGAGUCGCUGUUUUAAUGCUUUUUAAAUAUCAUAAAUAAUCAGUGUUAAUACGUAGAGCCCAGUCGCAUAUGUGUUAUAAAUAAAGCACAUUUCAGGAAACACAUUUAACCCCCCCGCCUCUCUAACAGUAGCAUUGUGUUACAUGUGUGAAAUGUUUCUAUUCUUCCAUUUUGGAUUAUUCCACUUUUCUUUUAAACGUAGAAGUAAUGGAAUAAUACCAGAAGAGGCAAAACUGACCUGUUGGCCAUUUUUAGGACUUAAUAGAUCUUUGCUGUUGUAGCGUUGAAUAAAUCUGAAUGCUGGGGUUUAAGGCAUCAAUGAAUAAAGAUGUAAUAUGCAAGUAACACCAGUUGGCAUCCGAUUUGUUCUUGUGUUCAAAUAAAUGAUUACAAGUU